UAUGUUUGUUUAGAACACAACACUUAGUGUGACUUGCUACCCGUCAUGUGACCGACAAUGACUGGCAGAUAUAUUUCUUUGGUGUAAUGGGGCAUUGCAUUAGGGUCUGAUCUCUAACAUUGACCGUUCGGGAUAUUUUAUACUUGAUUAGAUAACACAUUUCUACCACUGAAUAGAAAGGCUUUCACCAGUUCACUGAACGCGUUACUGCGAUCAAUCUAAGAUGGCGUCGGAUAGCGAGAAAUCACCCCUGCUCUCGAGUCAGCCCAACGAGAUCUCACCUCCAAGCAGCUGUGGGAAGGUCAUUGGACGGCGAUCCAGUCUCUUCAACCUGGUCCUUGCAAACGUUGUGGUCUGCAUCCUAACGGUAGCCAGCGCCAUCUUUUCCCCUGUCAUGUCUCAGUACGUGUACCACAGAAUCUCCCUACAGGUGUUCGGCAAUGACACGAGAGCAAAGAACUUCUCAACUCUUGCCCCAUGCUUCCAGAACACAUCGGACCAAGGCUACAUCCUUCAGGAGAGGGCACAGAUUCAGUCCUCAGAGAAGCUUUCCAUGUUUACUGUAGCGUCCAGUGGUAUUGCUGUCCUAUCUAACGUACUUCUAGGCACCUACUCUGACUUCUUUGGCAGGAAGUUCCUUUAUGUUCUAUCUAUGACAGGGAAUGUGUUACGGACCGUUAUUACGGUGGUAAUAAUACAUUGGGACCUAAACCUCGACUACUUCUUCCUUGCGAUGGGUCUGUAUGGUCUGUGUGGAGGUUCAUGGGCCUUCACACUGGUGUCGUGUGCCUACACGGCUGACAAUACACCCCCUCAACAGUCCCGAUCUCUCUGGAUGGCAGUCAUUGAGUCUGUCACUGGUGUCAGCACUGCUCUGACAUCUCUAGCAGUGGGGUACUUCAUCGAAGCCACGGGCUACUUCUAUCCAUCGUUAACCUCAGCUCUGGUCAUCGGCUUAGGAAUCUUCGUCGUGGUCCUGUUCAUGGAGGAGACUUGUCCAAGGCAACAGCAGUCCUGUAUUACCCCCAUACAGGGUUUACGGAACAUUGUAAGCGUGUACGUCUUCCAAGGGACGCGAUUAAAGAGAGGUAUCAUCUGGUUAGGGCUGUUGAUAUUCCUCUUUUCCAUCAUCAACAACUCGAGUGGGUCCAAUCUGGACACGCUGUUUGAGAUGAACCUGCCGUUCUGCUGGAGCCCGGAAAAGAUGGGUCUGUUCGGCACCGUCACCUACUUGGUGAAGAACUUGGUCGGGGUGUUUAUAGUGAAGGGCUUGCAGUGCUGUAUGACGGAUGAAGUUGUUGCUGUCGUGGCGACGCUGUCAGCUAUCGGGGGAGACCUCAUGUGGGGAUUUGCUAAAAACGACUUCAUGCUGUAUGCAGGAGUUCCUGUUGUCGGACUUGUCGGAUUUGCCGCUACUCCUAUCAUCCGGGGCAUCAUGUCCAAGAUGGCGCCUCAAAGUAAACAGGGGGCACUGUUUGCAAGUCUGGCUCUCGUGGAGGCUGCGUGCAGUACAUUCGGGACUCCGCUCUUCAAUAGCAUCUACCAAGGGACAGUGACGUACUGGAGGGGUGCCGUGUUCAUUGCCAUGGGGGCCAUGCAUCUGGCAGCCUUGGUGCUGUACCUAAUAUUCAUUCCGCUAUUCAGGAAGGAACAGAGACUUCAAGAAUCUCGACACAUACAGACGUCAAAGUCAUGACCUCUUCUUGGAGUAAUACAACAUCACCACUUUUUCAUCUAAUUUAACUAUGUGCAAUAUGUUGAUCGGUUGGUUUGUUGUUUAACGCCGCACUCAGCAAUAUCCCAGCUAUAUGGCGGCGGUCUGUAGAUAAUCGUGUCUGGACCAGACAAUACAGUGACCAACAGCAUGAGUAUCGU